UCUUGUUAGUUUGCCUUUCUUAGAGAUAUAGUUCAGUACUGUUAUGGGGUUUGUAGUGUAACGUGUUUGUCUCGUAUUUUCCGAUGCUAGCAUAAACGGAGUUUACUACCUGUCUGUUUCGUAGUUAUUAAUUCGAGGUGUCGUGUUCGUAUUAUGUGACCUGCUGCUAAUUCCUUAUAUUUCCCUAGCAUCUAACAUCUUAAACUUGAUUAAGUUUUGUUUUGUCGCAUUCAAGUGAGUUUUGUUUUUAGUAAAGUGAACCCAAAUAAACGUCAUACUGAUUUGAAUUCACUAAAUCAGUGGCUGUCAAACUCUUUCUGGCAUUCCCCCAUUUCGAAGCCCAAAAAGGUCAACCAUUAAAAAUUAUUGAUAGUGUUUGAGACCCUCAUCACUAAAUGGUGAUUUCUUGUGUAUUGCAAGUUGUUCGAAAAUAAUCAUGUUUCUUUUCCUUUUCCUGUAGGUAAGAUACUUAAUCACCUCCUUUUCAGCUGGAAACCCCACAUUAACUAUGGAACCAAUGCUGAAGACCAAAAAUGAGGGACCAAUGGACAGAACUGUCAAGAAUAAAUCAGACAGCCAUAACGGGGAGAGCAGUCAAUCCCAUAGUUCACAACUUGUUGCAAAGAAAGGGGAGCCACAUCCAACCCAUUCUUUUGAGUGGUGCUUAAAUGGCAAGGGACCCACAUCUGUUACCUGCAACAAAACUGGAACUGUUGAGGACUCCCUGAGAAGAAGUUCACAGUUUAGAAAAACAGUGGAAAAGAACAAAGGCAAAGAACUUGUCAUUUUAAGACAUGGGAAAGCUAUCAGUUCACACUUUCCAUGCAGCUUAAUUAAAAAUGAGCGUUUAACUGUCAGGUAUGUUAAAACUAAAAACAUGUCAAAGCCAACAGGUUGUGGCUCUGUUCAUCCCAGCAGACAGGGGUCAUCUGAUGAGCUUGUGAUAUUUAAUGUGCUGGCAAAAGGAGGUAAAGAUGUAGUGAAAAUCCUGACAAACCCAGAACUAAGAAAGUUCACUCAGGAAAUUACUGUUUAUGCAUACAAAGGGGAAAGAGUGAAGCAAGCUUUAAGGAGAGAUGGUCGUUUUCUGAAUAUCAUAUUCAAAAAGUACUGUGUACUCUCUCAUGCAGUCACUGAAGUAACCACAGAAAUGUCCAAUCUCGUUGAUGAUCUUGAUGGUAAAACUUACAAGAUCAUACAACUCAGUAAGUCCAGUCCACCAGAUAGUCAGCCUGGUAGUCUUGAUGAUGCUUACAUGAUGCCAAGUGAUACUCAGAGAUCUGACUCUGAUGAAAAGCAAGAUCCUUCACAGGAGCCUGCCACAACCGGGUCAGAGAAUGACAGCACAGUAAAAGAGCUGAAUGGUAAUACGGCACCAGAAAAAAUGUUACGGGAAAUAACUGAUUCGGAAAGAAUGCAGAAUCACUUAUCUUCGCAGUUUAAACAUUCAGUGAAAGGGAUGAAAGAUGUUUCUAAGCUUUCUCGUAUUCAGAACCUCUUGCGUGUGGAAUAUGGAAAGAAUGUUCAGACAUGCAUGGAAGUGAAAACAAUGAAGAAACUGAUGGACCUUAGGAAUUCAGUUUGUCAGGUGAGAAUUAAUGGGAGUCCCGGUGGAAGUGGCUUUCUCCUAUUUGACAAUUUUGUCCUCACAAAUUGUCAUGUACUUGAAGGCAUCACAGGGAAGCUUUAUGUUAAGGUCACUGUCCAUUUCUCUUAUGAAAGUCUAGACCACAUUGAGGGAGGACAAGAGUUAGGAUCAGAAGUUGAGGUGGAAGAGGUCACUGCCUUUGAAUAUUCCGAUGCAUCAGGAACCAUGUAUGACUGGGCUUUGUUGAGGCUCAGGGCUAAUCAGGAAUUGCCUGAUUGCCUGUUAACACACUUUGGAUUCCUUCCCCAAAGCGGUGGAAUUUGCAUUAUUGGGCAUCCUGAUGGUGGUCUGAAAAAAAUAGAUGCAUGUGCGAUUGUUCCAUCUCAUGACCAUAACCGGGUUGUGGCGAAACAUUACCAUGAAAAUCAAGAGAACAUUCAGCUGGUUACUCAGCGUUUCUUUGAACGUGUGGCGGAAUAUCUUCCACAGAACAGACAGGUCCUGACUUACGAGUCUUGUUUUUAUUUUGGGUCAUCUGGCUCUCCUGUCUUUGAUAAGCACUGUAAAGUUGUUGCAAUGCAUUCAGGGGGAUAUGCCUACCGCAAUGCAAGGGGCCAAACACAGAGCGUCAUAGAGUACGGCUACCCUUUGUCCAACAUUAUCGAACACAUGAUUCUCCAGCUGGUGUUCGAAAGAAAGUUUGAUGUGUUGAAGGCAUACCUUACUUGCAGCUUUGCACACCACCAAGACGUAAUGAACAAUGUGAAGAAACUGGUUGAGGGCAGAAACCUCACACAAUUUAAAAAGGCAGUCAGCAGUUUAGUGGCCACACCUGACAACAGUUUGAAGAUGUUCUUUGAAUUCUUCUCUCAGAAAGAGGAACCCAUCCCAAUGGAUGAGAUGUAAGUGUACACUCACUGUUGCCGUACUAUCUAGUGACAAGAGAUACAGUCAGAGCAAUUUCAGUCAUGCAGUUAGCAGCAUUGUAGUCAUGUCUGUUUUCAUAUAUCAGGAUAGUUGUUAAACACCCAAAGAAUUCAGGGAUUGGAAGAGAAAUCUGAUGCAAAACUUGGUGUAUAUGUUGUUUUAUGUAAUCGUAAUCAGGUUUUGGAUUAAGGGAAGUCUGUUUUUUCAUUGUCAUUUUUAUUUGAUUUUUUUUUUAAUUUUCAUCAUAUUUUUUAAGAUCUCAAUUAUCAAUAAGCCACAAAACCUAUUAUCAGUCUGGCUCUCAUUUCUUCCAUUUUACUGUCUUUGGAGUUUGAGAUUUUGGUUUUAUUUUUUAAUGUUUAACAUUUAAAAGCAAUUGUGUGAUACAGGAUAUUGCAUUUUAUUGUACUAUAUCUAUUGUGUUGGUUACUGUUUUGAAAAGGUGUCUUGAAAUGAGAACUGGAAUCCCAGAUGAACUAAAACUAGGUCUUUCUUUCAUACUCUAAGAAAUUAAGAAUUAUGAUUGUGUGACGUUCAGUAAAUGCUUUUUUGUGUUUAGAUUUUGGUUAUCUCAUGUAUUCUGUCAACAUUAUAAAUGUUUGAAUUAGAUCAAAUUUUGAGAAAGUUACAGAAUCUGUUGAAUAUCUCUCAUACUGACUUUCUACAUUUUAUGACGGUUGAUAGUGAAACUAAACACUUUGAUGUUGUUUGUAAGUUAUCAUGAAAUACAGGAACAGAACUUAAUGCUAAAAUGCCAUAUCUGUAAUGCAGGUCUGUUAUGCAUGUGUGUAAUGGGAUUAAAACAAAGCAAAGUUGCAUUUGGAUUUUAAUUUUUGGUCACCAGACAGAUGAAUGCAGAAACAAAUGGGUAAUAAGACUGAAAAUCGCUUGUGUUAAAGGACUCUGUCAGCCAACCAGUUCACU